AUGCCGGCCCGUUUCGAGGACGUUCCUCUCCCCUUUACAUCCUCCAAACCCCUCCCUACACGACAUCAUAUUGGAUCCUCCAGGCUCAAUCCCUCCUCCUUCUCCCCCGACCCCUCAAGCGGCGGUCCAGCUCGCGGCGCCUCGGUCAAGCGGUCAAAAACCCUUACUCGCCCAGAGAGAGGUAUCGCCCCUGCCCCUCUCGUCGCUCCGCCCCCUACGACCUUCUCGGACCCCUCUUCGCCCUUUCCCCAAACUCCUACAGGUCCUGAUUUCAGCCUCAACUGGUGGAGAAUAUGGAGCUACGCCACGACGUGGUGGGCGCCGCCAGUGGUGUUGGGGUGGUUUGGGAUCAAGGAGAGGCAGUCGCGGCAGGCGUGGAGGGAGAAGAUUACGCUGUGCUGGAUAGCGGUCAUGCUGGGAGGGAUAGUGGGAUUCGCGACGAUGGGAUUGCAGAGGGCGUUAUGUCCGGAUGGGGAGUCGAAUAAUCUGUUUGAGCGUUUAGGGAGCAAUCCUGCGACACUAAGUGUCAACGGCUACGUCUUCAACAUCUCCACCUCCCUUACCCAAGCAAAAGUCGACUUUUACGCCAUCUCCAAACAGAUGCCCGGACAGGACAUUACCAACCUCUUUCUCCGCUCGGCCGCCGACUUUCCGCAGUGUACCGGGACCGCUCGGUAUGCCUCCACCCCACUCUGCAAUUCCACCGCUACACCCGGUGUCAGAGAAACGGGCACUCUCCAGGCCUGUCCUCUCCCCAGGCUGAGCGAUGCUACCUUCAGCGCGCUCAAAAUCCAGAACACCUCCGCUCUGGAGGGGUACUCUUGGGAUCAGGUGGCCGCGUUGCCCAACUACCUCGUCGUCGAUGGCGUCGUCCUCAACAUGUCACCUUAUAUCGCCGCCAACCCCAACGCUAUCCUUGAUGACGAGGUAGACCGGGCGAUCCGGCAGGUGCUUUCUAAUCAGAGCACCUCGGGCAAAGACGCCACUCGGCUCUUUUACAAUCGGCGGUCGACGCAGGACGCCCUGCCGUGUUUGACAUCUCGCUACCUCGCCGGCCGGAUCGACAAGAUUACACCCGGGUGCUUCAUCGCCUCUCUCUUCCUCUACACUUCCCUCAUCAUCAUUCUCGCCGUUGUCCUCGCCCGGUUCGCCAUGGCGUGCAUCUUCAACUGGUUCAUGUCGGCUCGGCUGGUCUUGCCGCCCAAGAACCUCGCGCGUCAGGGCAUCAGUCCCAGUGUCAUGCCUGAAGGCGCCAGCAUGAGCGUCAACAAUAAGGCGGGUACUGCGCCAUGGGCAGACAAGAAGGGAGCCAACAAGCUGGGCAAGAAGGGUGGAUUCCCCAAUUCUUCUUCCUCUACCCUCGUCAACAACCCCUCGCUGGCGAAUGAGCCGACCAUGUCGCUCGCGCGCAUCGGUCCGGAACUAUUCGCAGUUUGCCUCGUUACUUGCUACUCGGAAGGCGAGGACUCGGUCCGCGGGACGGUCGAGAGUAUAGCGGCGACAAAUUAUUCGGAUCAUCGCAAGUUGAUCUGGAUCGUGUGUGAUGGGAUGAUCACGGGAGAAGGGGAGAAGCAGUCGACGCCGGAUAUUUGCGUGGGAAUGUUGGAUGCGGAUCCGCGGUUUGGGAAUCCGAGUCCGAUGGGGUAUAUUGCGGUAGGAGGUGGUGCGAAGAGGGAAAAUCGGGCGAUGAUCUAUGCGGGGCAUAUCGUAUCUCGAAAUGGCCAUCGCACACCCACCAUCAUCGUCGUGAAAUGCGGUAUGCCGAACGAAGUCCGAGACAAGAAGCCCGGAAACCGCGGAAAGCGCGACUCGCAGCUCAUCCUCAUGAACUUCUUCAGCCGGGUCACGUAUAAUGACCGGAUGAGCCCGCUGGAUUUCGAUAUCUUUAGGAAGGUGCAGGUGUUGAUGGGCGUUACGCCGGACUUUUUUGAGGUGGUCUUGAUGGUCGACGCCGAUACCAAGAUCUACCCCGACUCGCUCCGGAUGCUCGUCAAUUGUAUGCAGGCCGACAACAUGGUCAUGGGCGUUUGCGGCGAAACUCGGAUCGCCAACAAGCGCCAAUCAUGGGUGACCGCCAUCCAGGUCUACGAAUACUUCAUCUCGCACCAUCUGGCCAAGGCGUUCGAAUCCGUCUUUGGUGGUGUCACCUGUCUUCCCGGUUGUUUCUCCAUGUACCGCAUCAAGGCGCGCAAGGACUGGGACAAUGACUGGGUACCGAUCCUGGUCAAGCCCGAAAUCGUCCGCGAGUACUCUCAAUCCGAGGUACAUACGCUACACCAAAAGAACCUCCUCCUCCUCGGCGAAGACCGCUUCCUAUCCACCAUCCUCCUCCGGACGUUCCCUCAUCGCAAAAACCUCUUCCUCCCCCAAGCGCGCUGCCGCACCGUCGCUCCCGAUACCUUCUCGGUCCUCCUCUCGCAACGGCGGAGAUGGAUCAACUCGACCAUCCACAACCUCAUGGAGCUCGUACGCGUCCGUAAUCUAUGCGGGACUUUCUGCUUUUCCAUGCAGUUUGUCGUCUUUAUGGAUCUGGUCGGAACGGUUGUCCUCCCCGUAUCGAUCUGUCUUACCGGCGCGCUCAUCGUCAACUCAAUCAUCACCCCGCCCAAAGCAUUCCAGGAGGCUAUCCCCCUCAUGCUCCUCGGUGCGGUACUUGGUCUCCCGGCGAUCCUCAUCCUCAUCACCACCCGCAAGGUCAUUUAUGUCGCCUGGAUGAUGUGUUAUCUCCUUGCUCUUCCAAUAUGGAACUUCGUUCUGCCGGUGUACGCCUUCUGGCACUUUGAUGACUUCUCGUGGGGCGAAACAAGACGAGUCGAAGGCGAAGUCCGCUCGAAGGCGCACGACGACAAGACGGCUGUCUUUGACGGAACUACGAUUCCUCUUCGACGAUGGGAAGACUGGGAGCGUUCCAGACUGCGCAAGCUCCGGCGAGAAGAGCGGCGGAGAAAGGAGAUGGAGCGGCAUUUGGGCAAUGUUGGCUUUUACGGGGACGAUGGGAGUGGGAGCUCGGAUGGCGGGCAUAAUAGGAGCUAUGAGGGUGGUGGAGGUGGAGGAGGGCUGCAUCCGUGGGCUGCGAGGAAUGGGUCGGGCCGAGGAGAUAGCGAUACGGGAAGUGUAUGGAGUAGUGAUGAGGAUGUCUGGGGUGCCGAGAUUGGCGGGUAUAACGAAAACAAUCCGGCGUUCCCUCCUCCGCCUAUCGGUCUCCCGAACCCUGGUCCCGGUGGAGUCAUGGGUCAAACACUCGGAAUGGACGAAAUGGCCGCCAUGCUCGAACAAGGCUUCGACGAGCCGCCACCUGUCCCUCAAUCCCUUUCACACCCCGGCAGAUCCUACAACCCCUCUCCAUUACAUCAACAACGGCUCGAGACUGUCCCGCUGAACAGAUGGGACCCCAACUCGUCCCCGACAAAGGAUGGCGGGUGGGGCGGCCGGAGCUCGCCAAACGGGCACGGGAUGGACUAUACCGAAAUUCCCGUUCCUCUGCCAAAUAGCGGGAACAGUAUCGCUUCGGGCAUAGAACCCCGAACACCAGGUGGUGGGCAUGCCAAGAAGCGGAGUGGGGGGAGAGGGGUACUGGCGAAUGGGCAGAGUGCGAAUGGGGCGGGUAAGUAUGGACCCUUGGGCCCGCUAGAUGAUGAUGAUGAUUGGGGAGGAAAGGCCAAGACGGAGGGAGCGGGGUACGGGAAUGGGAAUGGCGUUUACAUUAGUAUGUGA